UCGUCGAGCAAUUCCCUUGACUGGAAAACUUUCUUUAUAACAAAAUGGAUUCUAAAAUUACCACGUUUUAUAAAAAUAAGACAGUUUUCCUAACCGGUGGGAGUGGAUUUUUAGGAAGAAUGAUCAUUGAAAAACUGUUGCGAGCAACAGAAGUGAAACGUAUAUAUAUUCUAAUAAGGUCCAAACGUGGACAGGAAAUCAAGAGUCGCAUGUCCGACUUUAGCAGCAAUUAUCUGUUUAGGGAAGUGCUCAAAUCAAAUGCCAACUACUUGGAGAGGGUAUCACCCAUAGCCGGUGACUGUGAACUGCCAGAUUUGGGAUUGAGCGAGGCAGACAGAAAAAUGCUCGCGGAGGAGGUGGAAGUGGUGAUACAUGGUGCAGCCACGGUCAACUUUGUGGAGCUACUUAGCAUCGCAUUGAGCAUCAACACACGCGCCACUCGCCUAAUUGUGCAGCUGGCCAAGGAGAUGCGCCGACUGGAGGCAAUUGUCCAUGUGUCCACGGCGUUUUCAAAUUGCGUGACUGAGCACAUCAAGGAGUCCUUCUAUCCAGAGCUAUUGACCUGCACAGCUGACGAGGUUUUGGCGCUGAAGGAUCAGCUGAGCAACAAGCUGAUAGACAAAAUGACACCGGCGUUGCUCGGCGAAUUUCCCAAUACGUACACCUUUACCAAGGCGAUGGCGGAACAGGUGGUGCAAAAGGAGGGACGCGAUCUACCGAUAUGCAUAUUUCGACCAGGCAUGAUUCUUCCCAGCAUUAGGGAGCCCUCCAAAGGAUGGAUUGAUAACCUCUAUGGACCCAUUUCAAUUGUAUAUGGCUGUGCACUUGGCGUUGUUCGCGUCAUGAUAUUAAACAAAGAAGCCCGAUGCAAUAUUGUGCCGGUUGACUUUUGUGCGAAUUUAAUUCUUGCCUCCGCCUGGCAAACAUCUGUGGAAACUGCCAAGCGCCAGUUACCUGCACCAGAUCCACCUAUUUACAAUUUUGUUCCGACCGAUAAGAAUCCACUAUUUUGGAAGACAUUCACAGGCACAAUAGAAAAUCAAAGAUACGUUUUUCCAUUAAACCAAAUGUUAUGGUAUCCGUUCCUUAUUUGUACGCCCAGCUUAUGGGUCUUCAAGAUCUUGUCUGCCUUUUAUCACAAUCUGCCUGCGUUCUUCAUCGAUAUAGGAUUACGCCUCAAGGGUCAGAAGCCACGAAUGAAAUCAAUCUACAAAAAAGUACACGAUGGCAUCAACAGAUUAUUCCCAUUCGUUAUCUCUAGCUGGAGCUUUGAGAUGACCAAUUCUAGUCGGCUAUUAGAAUGCAUGUCUCCACAGGAUCGAAAAAUCUAUGAUUUUGAUAUGAAUAGUAUUGAUUGGGUAGAUUAUUUGACCUCUGCCGCGGCUGGCAUCCGUGUCUUCCUCUUGAAGGAAAACUUAACUGAGGAAUCCUUACAAGCCGCACAGAAGCUUUGUAAACGGCUCUCAAUACUCAAUGGACUUGCACAUCUUGUUGCCUUUAGCAUUCCUGUUGCCAUUAUAUGGUGGGUACUAAGCUUAACCUACUUAUAGUUGAGUAAAAAUUAGAAACUAAAUUGUUGUUUAGGAUUUUUCUGUGUUAAAUAAAUUCAUGGUUUUGCAAUGGAAA